CCCCCCCCAAACACCUGUUCAAUAAAUCAAUCAAAGAUAAUGAUUAAUAGUGUUUAUGUGUAAUAGAAUAUUUUCCCGCUCUUUUUGAAAAUGUAUGGCUGAUAGUUUCCCAUCCUCCCAGCUGUUCAGGCCCCCCAUAUUCAGAUAAUCAAUCAAUCAAGAAUAAUGAUUAAUAUUGUUUAUGUGUAAGAGAAUAUUUUCCCGCUCUUUUUGAAAAUGUAUGGCUGAUAGUUUCCCAUCCUCCCAGCUGUUCAGGCCCACCAUAUCCUGACAAUCAAUCAAUCAAGAAUAAUAAUUAAUAGUGUUUAUGUGUAAGAGGAUAUUUUCCCGCUCUUUUUGAAAAUGUAUUGCUGAUAGUUUCCCAUCCUCCCAGCUGUUCAGGCCCACCAUAUCCUGACAAUUAAUCAAUCAAGAAUAAUGAUUAAUAGUGUUUAUGUGUAAUAGAAUAUUUUCCCGCUCUUUUUGAAAAUGUAUGGCUGAUAGUUUCCCAUCCUCCCAGCUGUUCAGACCCCCAUAUUCUGAUAAUCAAUCAAUCAAGAAUAAUGAUUAAUAUUGUUUAUGUGUAAGAGAAUAUUUUCCUGCUCUUUUGGAAAAUGUAUGGCUGAUAGUUUCCCAUCCUCCCACCUGUUCAGACCCCCCAUAUCCAGAUAAUCAAUCAAUCAAGAAUAAUGAUUAAUAGUGUGUAAAAGAGAAUAUUUUCCUGCAUGAGAAUACUUUUACCCACAGCCAAACCUGUUCGGAGGCCCCUCUCUCACACACACACACACACACACACACACACACACACACAUACAGGCACGUACACGCGCACAGACAUACACACACACACACAGUCACGGUCCUGCUCACACACCCGCCAGCCCCCCUUAACCAAACAUUCAGUCUCUUGACUUCACACACACACACACACACACACACACAGUGAGACAUGUUCAGACACAAAAUUAUUUUAUUUAUCCGAGCAACCAAUAAGGAAUAAUUACGUGUAGAUACGUGUAGAUACGUGUACAUACGUAAUAUAACCACGCCCUUUAUUCAAUAAAAGCAGAGAGGUUACGGUACUCUACCAAACAUUCAACAGGCGGUGGUGUUUCUAACGUUACACGGGUAAGAGUUUAUAAGAUAUUGUUUAAUUCAAUUUAUAUAUUUUAUAAAACUAUAUCAUUAAAUAAUUAUUGUUUUAUUUGAUUUAUUCCUUAGCAAAAGAUCGCAAAACAUGGAUGCUCUUACAAACGCACCAAGAAAGGAAAUCGCAGGGUCUGAAAAGAAUCAUGUAUGGCCGCUAUCAGACGGUCGAUUCUUUGGAUUUCGUUUCCACGAUGAUAUGAAAUGCGUCACUCUGUGUAUCGGUCCAACAGUAAGAUUUGAGGAUGCGACCGUUUUGAUAACUCUUAAUGGAGAGGAAUGGCAUAGCUUCUCAAGACAUUGUUCAGUUUUUAACACCUAUCUCAUUUACAGAAAUUGUUACUGUAAACCGGAUUACCAUGAGAAAUUUAAUUUAACAUGGACACCCUAUAUACAAACCGGAACAAUGUUGCGUUCAUUCAAUCUAUAUCCGUAUUUAAAUGCCAAAUCGUACAAUGCCAGACUUACAAUUGUUCACGAAGUUACAAGUUUAUUAAAACAAAACAAUUUUUUUGAACAGGAAUGUAAAAUUGAAUUACAAAAUGAUGACUUCAACGCAAUGCAGACGUACUUUGCAAUAAUAGACCGUAUGUUCAUUGAGAGCAUCGUUGAAAAACAUUAAAUCUGAUACAGAAUUUCUGAGCUUCUGAAUGCGUUAUCAUCAGUAAAAACUGAAUAGUUUAGAGUGCAGUGUAUCUUAGUGUUUGAGUCUGUGUCAGCGGCAAGAUUUGUACCACGGCCUGCUGUAUUGUGUUUCUGAUCUUCCAGGACAGCUGCGUGACCAAUUAGUGAUUUCUUACUCAAGACUCGCAUGUGCCUGUCAAUGUAUAUAAACACGGAGUUUUCUUCAUACGGUCACAAACAUUUUCAGAGCUCAAGAAUCUCUUUCGUUGGAAGAUAAUGGAGUCUGGUAAGUUUGCUUUUGGUCUGGAUUGAAUAUAAAUAUUUUUAUUAUUAUUCAUACUGAUGUUAAUAUAGUAUGGUUAUUUAGAAUGUUGUAGAACGUAAUUAGAAUGUCAAAUAUAAUACAAUGUUUUUAAACCAAAUUAUAUUAUAGUAAUGUUUCGUUCUAUUCUUUUAAAAUAGGUAACAUUCAGAAAUGUUUUUAAUAGUUAUGUAAUAAUUCAACGUUCAGCAACUAUCAAUGCAACGAAACACCAGGGGUCAAUUAUAUCCAAAAACCUCCAACUCCAUACGAACUGACUGCUGAAACAAGAAGCAGAAGUCCCAUUUACAUCACUGAUACUCCGCCCAACAGCUCCACAAUUCCAGGGUGUGAUUCUCCUGCGUAUGCCAAUAACGAUGUAAUCCUGAACUCUCCAUCCUACUCCCCAACAAUCCCUAAUCGUGAAUCUGAUCAACAAUCCCCUGCGAAAGGUUAUCAGUACAGCCAUAAUGACACGCUUUCCGAUUCCGAUGUUAACGCCAAUGAUGAUCUGAGGGACGAUCUACGCGAUCUACGCCACCUUCACAAGUCUGUGUCUUUGACGUUCAAGAAACUCAUGCGCGUGAAAACACACGGGUCAAGAGUUCAAAGUAAGCAUGUUCAUGCAUUGUGUAAGAAACGUGUGAGCCUUUAUAUGAAUCAAUGUACUACCCUACUCAAUAAACACCAUGUCUAGGAAAAGGUGUGAUAAUUGUUUUAAUAUUGAAGCCAAGAGGUGUAAAAUCAGACAGGAAUCUGAAUAUGCCCCCAGCACAUCCGAUCAUUUAACUUGUGAAUGUGUAUCAGAUACAGAACUUACACUCAACUUACAGCAUGACCAUUUCCAUCAGUUAAACCAAAGUUUAGAUAGACUACGGAAUGAAUGUAAUCCUUCUGUAAUAGAAGCUGUUAAUCGGCUUAACGAAAGUUUAGCUUUAACGCCCGAUCGCAAUAAUGUUACGGAACAGUCUGUAACAACGCCUCAAAAUGUAACGCAAGAAUCAAACAUAGAUUUGUUUCACAAUCUAAACCAAAGUUUAGAUAGACUUCGGAAUGAAUGUAAUCCUUCUCUAUUAGACGCUGUUAAUCGGCUUAACGAAAGUUUAGCUUUAACGCCCGAUCGCAAUAAUGUUACGGAACAGUCUGUAACAACGGCUCAAAAUGUAACGCAAGAGCCGAUGGUUGAUUUGUUUCACAAUCUAAACCAAAGUUUAGAUAGACUUCGGAAUGAAGCGGAUAAUGAAAAUCAACAUUCACACACUUUGUCAUCUGGGCCUAAUCAAGCUUUCAGUGUAACAGUUCACAAUAACGAGAAUGUACAGGAUCAGAUAGGAUAUGGUGUAGAAGGUGAAAUACCGCAGGAUAUACAUGUAAACAGGAUAGACAGAUUCAACACCACAGAAAUUAGACGGCCUCUAAACUUUUCCUCAUUGGGAAACGUUGAAUCUUUCGAUGAAUUUUACAACUAUGUGAUGGAAGUUUUUAACCAAACCGUCGAGGUAGCAAAUGGUUAUAUUGGUCCGAAGGAUUCAGUAUAUGUGGAAAUUCAAGGAGAUUCGCUCAACGUUUCAGCGAGCGUUGAAGUAAUCGACGGAGUCAUAAACCCUAAUGAUAUUGUAACAAUGAUUGAACAAAGCAUGCAGAGCAAAUUUGAAAUUCUUUCCGACGAAACUCUACAAAUUGUGAUUCGAAUUGUACACCCGCCGCGCGGAGGCGCGCGCGUUAAGUUCUCACAAAUGUUCAAUUCAGAAAUUGUUCGGAACAAAUUGAAACAUCUGUUUGAUUUUCAAAAUAAAGACAACCUCUGUUUCGCCCUAUGUGUUUCCAAACUACUGAAUCCAGACCUAAACGAUUACCAAGUAGAGCACAUUGCAAAACGGUUACAAGCCGAUGUAGGGAUGUCUGAAAAUGACGCCGUUAGCUUUGCCGACAUUUCAUUGUUUGAAAAGUUACUCGAUUGUAAAAUCGUAGUGAUGUACAGGGAUGCUGUCAAAAAAGGGUACUCGUUUUUCCAAAACAGUACGAUACCUCACGAAAAAACAUUGUUCCUAUUCCUGCAUGAAAACCAUUACUACGGUGUUAAAAACCUUAAGGCUGUGCUGGGUACCGGGUACGUUUGUUCUCACUGCUACGCGGGGUAUAACGAUGAGAAUCAUCAUAAAUGCGAGUACAGAUGCAACGUUUGUCAGGAUAACGAUUGUCCCAAGCUUCCUAAAAAUACGGUGCAAUGUCAAGACUGUUUGAGGUUAUGUAGAACACCGUAUUGUUACGAAAAGCACAAGGUCAAAGACGACUCUGGUAAAAAUUUGUGUGAAACUAGAUUCUACUGUGCACAGUGUAACACCGUGCAGCACGGUAGAAAAGGGACCAGCAAACACAGUUGUCGCGCAAACCUAUGCCGUCAAUGCGGUGCUAAAGUAAACCCUGAAUUUGAACACGAAUGUUUUAUAACGCCUCUAGAAAAGGAAAAGAACAACAAAAAGUACAUUUUUUACGAUUUUGAAACCAAUCAAGAGUCAGGAAAUCACAUCGCAAAUUUUAUAUGUUGCAGUACUUUUAAGGGUAAAGUUUGGACGGCUGAAGGACCCGAUUGUGUUUCAGCGUUUUUUAAACGCUACCGUAGAAAGAAAUACAAAGGCUACACGUUCUUGGCGCACAACGCUAGAAGUUACGAUUCGUACAUUUUAUUGAAUCAUUUGGUCCGAGAGGGGAUCAACCCCGACAUCAUAGCGCAAGGUGGUAAAAUAUUGUGCUUUGAAGAUGUCGAGUUCAGACAGAGAUUCAUAGACAGUCUCUCUUUUCUCCCUAUGAAGCUGAGCGCGAUUCCCAAGGCUAUGGGAUUCAAGAAUGAAAAAAAGGGUUAUUUUCCUCAUUUCUGGAACACUCUUGAAAACCAGAAUUACAUCGGCCCAUACCCGGCAGCCAAAUAUUACGGUGUAGACACCAUGAUGGAUAAAGAGAGACAAGAGUUUUUUGAAUGGUACAAUACUCUGUCUGGCAAGGUGUUUGACCUCAGAAAAGAGUUGGCCGAUUAUUGCGUGAAUGACGUUCACAUUCUCAGAAAGGGGUGUUUAGCAUUCAGGGAGCAGAUAAUGAGCGGUACGGGUGUAGAUCCUUUCAAAUGCAUCACCAUAGCCAGCGUCUGUUUGAAAAUCUUUAGAACACAUUUUCUGACGGACAAUACCUUGGCUAUACCACCGCAUGAUGAUUAUAUCAGCAGACAGAAGUCGUUCUCAAACUCUGCUAUUCAAUGGCUCGAGUACCUCUCAGACAGAGGGAAAAUUCCGAUUCGACACGCUCUCAACGAAGGUGAAGUUCAAAUGGGUCAAUAUUUUUUAGACGGUUAUUUUACCGACGGCCACACGCAAAAUGCUUUCGAGUUCUUAGGAUGCUUUUUUCACGGUUGUGAUAAAUGUUUCCCUGCAAACGCGCGUCACCCUCUAAGUAAAAUUGGACAAACCUUCGAAGAUGUUAAACAACACUCUUUGCAAAAAAUUAAGAAUUUGCAAAACAUCUACAAUAUGCACGUUACAACAAUCUGGGAACACGCGUGGAACGAAAUGAAAAGGACAGAUCAGGACGUAAUAGCGUUUCUCAAACGUUUUGACUUUCCCGAGCGUUUGAAACCGAGACAAGCUCUUUUUGGCGGCCGUACAAACGCGUUACAUUUACAUUACGUAGCUCAACCCGGAGAGAGAAUCGAUUAUUACGAUUUUACAUCGUUAUACCCCUACGUAAACAAGACAAAAAACUACCCCGUAGGUCACCCAACCAUCAUUUUCCGCGAUUUUGAACCGUUGGAAAAUUAUUUCGGCCUCUUCAGAAUAAAAAUUUUACCCCCUAGGGGUCUUUGGGCCCCCGUUCUCCCUUAUAGGGUGAAAAACAAGCUUUUGUUCCCUCUGUGUAGGGUGUGUGCCGAGUUACAACAGCAGCAAUGUUGUAAACAUGCUGACGAGGAGAGGGCUCUUACGGGUAGUUGGUGUAGCGUGGAGGUUAUGAAGGCUCUCGAAAAAGGCUACAGAGUGUUGAAAGUUUUCGAAAUCUGGCACUUUCCUAAACAGACGCAUGAUUUGUUUGCCGGAUACAUCAACAGGUUUCUCAAGACAAAACAGGAGAGCUCAGGUUACCCGUCUUGGGUAAAGGACGAAUCUGAUCAAAAAGAAUACGUUAAAAGGUACAAGGAAAACGAAGGCAUAGAACUCGAUCCGUCUCGCAUAGAGGUUAACCAGGCCAAGAGAUCUGUGGCAAAGUUGGCGUUGAAUUCUUUGUGGGGUAAAAUGUGUCAGAGGUCUGAUAGGAUUAAUACUUGUCUAAUCAGCGAUCCCAACCAAUUUCUAGAGUUCAUGUUCUCGGACACGUACGACGUAAGUCACUUUUCUUUUCCGAACCCUCAGAUGGCGCUGGUUCAGUGGCGUUACGCAGACACCAGAUUCAUCAAACCGAGUAAAGCUAACGUGUUUAUCGGCAUAUUCACUACCGCUUACGCUAGACUCGAGCUGUACAAGCUGAUAGAUGGUCUGCAACAAAGAUGUCUCUAUACGGAUACAGACUCUGUCAUUUUCAAAAGUAAAGAUGGCGAUUGGAUGCCCCCCCUAGGCGAUUACUUAGGCGAGUUAACGAGUGAAUUGGAUCACGGAGAUCAUAUUGUGGAAUUUGUCAGCUCUGGACCAAAGUCCUACGGUUAUCGAACUCGUUAUGGGAAGACUGUAAUGAAGGUAAAGGGUAUAACGUUAAACUAUACCAACGCCAAAAUUGUGAAUCUGAGCUCUUUGAUAGAUCUGGUUGACAAAAGUGUGAAAAGCCCCGACUGUACCGACGAAAUUAUGACGUCCAACAAUCAAAUCGUCAGAGAUAAAAGAGGUUUUCACUUGAAAAACAAAUCACAAACUAAACGUUUCCGAGUAGUGUACGAUAAACGCGUUCUAUUACCGGAUAGCGCCACAAUUCCUUACGGAUAUUAAACAUUUACUUUGCUGAAAAAAUAAUGGCCGUACCUAACUCGUUCGAUGCUAGACUUCAACUUCCUUUUUCUUGUAUAGUUUGUGGACCCAGCAAUAGCGGAAAAUCUUUUUUCAUCAAAAUGUUACUUGAAAAUUGUACGGACUCAAUGUCUAAAAUUCCGGACCGGAUUGUAUGGUGUUACACUUGCUGGCAACCCCUCUACGACGAGUUGAUGGACAAACUAAACAUUUAUUUUGUUCAAGGUAUACCCGAAUCAUUGUGCGACGAUGAACUUUUCCCUCCGCACAAAACAAACUUGUUGGUGAUUGAUGAUUUGAUGGAGUCCGCUAGCAAGAGUGAGGAAGUAGAAAAGGCUUUUACAAAAUAUACCCACCAUAGAAACCUCAGCGUGAUCUAUUUGGUUCAAAAUUUGUUUUUUCAAGGGAGAAGUAGCAGAACUAUAAAUUUAAAUACCAAUUACAUGGUGCUUUUUAAAAAUCCUAGAGAUAAGCUACAGAUCAACGUGUUGGCGCGUCAGAUGUACCCCCGUAACAGCAAGUACUUUUUAGAAUGCUUUCAAGACGCUACCUCUAGAC